AUGGAGAUUGCAUCGAGCACCAUGAAUAUCGACGUUGUUCGAUUCGUCUACGAAAACAAAUAUAGAGAUCUGACGCGAAUAUCUUCGAAUGUCUCGUUUUAUGGGCUGCUCAUGACACUGAGUAUUGAGUUUGUCGAGAUUCUGCUUACCAACAACGUCUACAAUUAUUCCCAACAGGCAUUCAUUGAUUUUACAUUGCAACUAACACAAAUGAAUCCAGAAAAGUUGACAUGGGAUCAUCUUCAAAUGUUUAAUUACAUUCAUAAUCGAUUCGAAUCAAAGUCAUCAAUGUCGUCAUUAUCUUUGUCGCUGUCGUCGUCAUCCUCCUCGUCGACCAAUCAGAAAAGUGUUAUGGACUUUUGCUGUGAAGCUAUCAAUUUGUUUGAUGAAUCUCCACAAGAUCAGUUCGUUCUACUUCAAGUAUAUAGUUCUGCAUUGUCCUUUCAAGAUCGUCGAUAG